CGGGGGCGGCGACCGGCUUUGCACAAACAGCGGCGAGCGAGGGCACAGCUGGGAGGCGCGCAGCUCGCGGUGCGGGGCGCUCGCAGGGUCCCUCAGUCCGCGGCCCCUGUCCCCGGGGAGGCGCCCCGCCGCGGAGGCGGGCACACCCUGCUCGGACACGCCCAGCCCGGGCUCGGGCGGAGGAGGCAGCGCCGGCAACUGCUCUGGCUGCGGAGGGCGCCGCCGGGGCCAGGAGCCGAGGCGCGGUCCAGCCCCGAGCGCCGCUGCACGCCUGCUCUCGCCGCUCAAGUUCUGCGGAUCAGGAGUUGGAACACACCACUUUCCCUCCCUGGCCCUGCCUCCUUCUGUGGAACGGAGCUUGACAGAACUUUGUUGUGCCUUUUCCACUGCGGGGAAAGAAGCAGAUGAUGAGAAGAAAUAAUGAAUGUCAAAGGAAAAGUAAUUCUGUCAAUGCUGAUUGUCUCAACUGUAGUUGUGGUGUUUUGGGAAUAUAUCAACAGCCCAGAAGGCUCUUUGUUGUGGAUAUAUCACUCAAAAAACCCAGAAGUUGGUGGCGGCAGUGCUCAGAAGAGCUGGUGGUUUCCAAAUUGGUUUAGCAAUGGGACCCACAAUUAUCAAGAAGAAGAAGACAUAGACAAAGAAAAAGGAAAGGAAGAUGAAGAAGAAGAGUUACAGCUAAGGGACUGGUUUGAUCCAAACAAACGCCCAGAAGUUGUGACGGUGACCAGCUGGAAAGCUCCUGUUGUGUGGGAAGGCACUUAUGACAAAGCCGUCCUAGAAAACUAUUAUGCCAAACAGAAAAUUACUGUGGGGUUGACGGUUUUUGCUGUUGGAAAAUACAUUGAGCGAUACUUGGAGGAAUUCAUAAUAUCCGCUAAUAGGUACUUCAUGGUUGGCCACAAAGUCAUAUUUUACAUCAUGGUGGAUGAUAUCUCCAGGAUACCUUUGAUAGAGCUAGGUCCUCUCCGCUCAUUCAAAGUGUUUGAGAUCAAGCCUGAGAAGAGGUGGCAGGACAUCAGUAUGAUGCGCAUGAAAAUCAUCGGGGAGCACAUUGUGGGUCACAUCCAGCAAGAAGUUGACUUCCUCUUCUGCAUGGAUGUGGACCAGGUCUUCCAAGACAACUUUGGGGUGGAGACCCUGGGCCAGUCAGUGGCUCAGCUACAGGCCUGGUGGUACAAGGCACAUCCUGAUGAGUUUACCUAUGAGAGGCGGAGGGAGUCAGCAGCUUUCAUCCCAUUCGGCCAGGGGGAUUUUUAUUAUCAUGCGGCCAUUUUUGGAGGAACACCCAUUCAGGUUCUAAACAUCACCCAGGAAUGCUACAAGGGAAUCCUCCAGGACAAGGAAAAUUAUAUAGAAGCACAGUGGCAUGAUGAAAGCCACCUAAACAAGUAUUUCCUUAUCAACAAACCUACGAAAAUCUUAUCACCAGAAUACUGCUGGGAUUAUCAUAUAGGCUUGCCUUCAGAUAUUAAAAUUGUCAAGGUAUUUUGGCAGUCAAAAGAGUAUAAUUUGGUUAGAAAUAAUAUUUGAUUUCAAAUUAUCCCAGUAGGUUUCUGAAUUUGAGAGAGUAUUAUUCUGGCUAUUUCCUCAGAAAAGUAACACUUAAUUUUCACUUAAAAAUACUAACAAAACACCAACAACACAGCAAACACAUCUAUUCUUCUUAGUAACUUUGAGCCUUGUACUAUAUCAGAAGGAAUCUAUGGUAAUCAUGUAAAUUCUCAGUGAUUUCUUACCUAUUCUGACUUUGGGGUAAAUACUAUCAGCUAAACCAAAAAAUUUUUCACAAGGGAAAAGAAAAAGCCAGAAAUACUCUAUAGGUGCCAGAUCAUGUACGGGAGAAAAGAGUUCUAAGGAAAGUGUUUGGCAACAAGAUAACAGUUAGGGGAGGGAAUAUCCCCGGGAUUUCAACGUUUUCCUUUCCAUGGUGAGAAUUGCUUUAUAUCAGGAGAACUCUUAGUAAGGACACAAUCGGACUUGGCAAUACUGAAAAACUUUCUACAGCAGAUUGGUUCAGGCCAAUUGUGGUCCAUGUCGCUUUCUCAUCAGGAUGUUGCUUGGCUUCUGUGCAACAGAUUGGUAGAGAUUCCCAGUGGAUGUGAUGGUGAAUGUUCUGAGUCACAGGGCAUGAAUGAGUCAUUGGGUACUCAGGGUGACGUGACAACAAAACCUCCAAGUGAGAAUUCCAUUAAAUAGUAAGGAAAGAGUGGAAAGAGGGCUCAUCACUGUGGGGCCGUGCCCCUUCGAAAGGGCACAGUGCAUGGAUCCAGAUGAUGAACGGGAGGCAGCGUGGGUGACCUCCAGCCUCCUUGAUCCCACAGCUAUCAGAGGAGCAGGGGCUUGAAUGGAAGAUGCUUCUUGUUUUGCCCAAGCCACACUCAGGCUGCCAAACUGCAACUUGUAGAGUCUUCAAGUCCUUGGCAAGAAGUGGAUGGUAUCAGAGCAGGGAGAGGCCUGCAAUGGGUUGAAGAGACCUGCCAGAGCCUGAGCUUCACCAGAGGACAAUCAGGCCAGGGCUGGUCUAAUCCUCAGGGCCCCUCAGGCCCUCAAGCCCCCAGUUUGGGGGAUUGGAGGAAAGUCCCUCCCAUCAAGCAAUCUCACUCCACCCCCAAUCCCAUCCCAAGUAAAGGUUAAUUGAUUUUAUAACAAAAGCAUGAGAUGGCUAUGGAAAACCCAGUCUAUUCAGGACUCAUUGGCUUAACAUUCAAUUCCUUUCUCUAAGAGAAGCUGUGAAAUCCUAGAUAUUAUUUAAAAUUAAGCAAUUCAGGGUAAAGGAAGUUAGGAGGCAACACUUACAUAUCCACAUGUUUAUAUAUUUUGUAUUGUUUCCAUUUUUAAGCAGUUUAUUUAAAAGGCCAUUCCCUUGGCUUGAUGUGUAGCACAAUGGGCUUCUUUGAUAAAAAGAAACUCCAUUUUCUCUAGUGUUUCAUUGCUGCCUCCUCCUCUUUAAAAUUCUUGCCCAAAAAACUCACAGCCCAACAAAACAAAACAAAACAGAAACCCUGAAAAGAAGUGGGCUUUAAAGAAAGAAAAAGGAGACCACGUGUCAGUCAGGAAUCUUCUCUAUAACUCAAGUUGUCUUUGACCCAUUCUGGAAUAGGGAGAGUUAAUGGUUUAAGCCCUGCACCAGAGAAAUGGUUUAUUAUGAAAGGUUAGAGAAAAGAGCUGAUGUUUACUUUUAAGGGACUUUUGUGAUUUUUUUUUUUUUUUCAUUAAAAUUUAAGUCCCAAAUGGACAAAUUGAAGAUCUCAUUAGUGGUUAUUCUCAAAUGUUUCUAAAAAUAAAAUUCCUUAUUUACAAUUGAAUAAAUUAUUUUCUCAGUA